GCUGUCAGGAUUUCUUUAGCUUUGUAGGAUAUUUCUAGAUAGAUUUGAGUCUGCUUACUUAGUAAGCAAUUUAGCUUUGUUUUUCUUUCUUUUUUGUUUAUGUAUCAGGUUUCAAUUCUUUCAAUUUUGUUUUUAGAGAAUACAUGUAACUAGUACACCAGCACUUUUUGAGUAAUCUUUAGUAAAGAUAUUUAGUGAUUUAAGGAGAAAAAUACUCCUUCAUCUCAUCAGUUAUUCUUAAAUAGACUAAAAUAUGAUUGUAAAUGUGCUAGGGGUUACCCUGGCCAAAACAACACUGGACAGGAGUGCUGUAUUCCCUACAUUCCAUAUUCAUGGCAGAAGUUGCUAAUCAUUCUUAUCACUGUUUCUCCCAGAUUCUGCUUCUAGUUUCAGAAUCUAUUUCAUCAUACUACUGGAGGUACCUGCUACUAAUCCAUAAUAAUUACUCAGUAUAUAUCAGGUACUGUGCUAAGCAUGUUACAUACAUUACUUACAACAGCCCUGUAAUGUUUUACAGAUGAGGACACUGAGUAUCAAAGGAAUUAAGAAACUUACUCAAGGUCAUAACAGCUGAAAAGCAGGAGAACCAAGAUUCCCAUUGACCUGUUUGACAAUUAAUUUAACUUUCAGAAUCACCAAAACAUGACAGGAAAAAACAAAAGUGAAAGAUUAUCAAUAGAGAUUAUUGUGUAGGAGUAAAGAAGGUAAAUGAAAAAGGAGCAAAGAGGAGUUUACAGACGUGGAGAAUGACAGACAACAUAGAAAAGAAGACUCAGGGACUUCCCAAAGAAGUUAUAUGUAACCAGGACACAUCUUCAUUAACAAAUGCUGUAGAGCAAGUUGCAAAGCAACAACAAUCACAAGCUUCAGAAAUAGAAAAAAACAAAAAAGUUCUAUUUCAUAUGCAGAAUGAACUUCAUGAGCUUGAAAAACAAAUAGCAGCUGUCUCUGCAGAAACUAAAGAAACAGAAAGACAAAUUUAUCAUCAAGAUGCUGCCAUAGAGAAUACCAAAAUUCAAUGUGAUAGCCUAGAAACUCAGAUCAAAUCCUUGCAUUCAGAAAAUGUGAAGCUCAAAUUUGACAUAGAAAUGGCCCAAGAAGAUUUUGAGGAGCACAUGAUAAAAUAUAAUGCAUACUAUGUAAAAAUAAAAGCUCACAAAGAUAGUUUGGGGGAGGUAGAAAGCAAGUGGUCAUUUAUGACUGAACUCCAUGAAAAACAAGAUCUUGUUAAAAAACUAAAAACAAUGAAAGAGGAACUUGUGCAAGAUCUCCAAAAUCCAGGAGGGAACCGAAUAACACAAGUACAGGAAGACGUUACAAAGUUAAAGGAUAAAAUUAUAGCUGUAAAAGAAUCUAUCAUUGAAAAAACUUGUUUUCUUGAAGAAGAAAAAAAGACACAUGAAAAACUAAGAAAAGAAAUAGAGGUUCAACAUAAGAGAUAUGAUGCAAUUCUUAAGCGUUUGCGUUGUCAAGUGAACAAGCUUCAGUCACAUAGAAGACAAUGGCAAUGGAACAUUCAACAACUGGAAGAAACUGCAGCUGAACUCAGAAAAUGCAUUGGAAUGCAAGAAUAACAUUGCCAUUGGGCAAUGUGGAACAUAGACCAUGCCAACAAAAAUUAUGCAGUAUCUGGCCUGCUAGGUGCUAUUACCUACAUCUGCGGUCCCCAAGUCCCUGGACCGGUACCAAGCUGCACAUCACCGCCUGAGCUCUGUCCCCUGCCCCCCACCACCUCCCCAUCUGUGGAAAAAUUGUCUUCUGUGAAACUCAGGAACCAGGUCGCACAGCUGGAGGUGAGUGGCGGGAAAGAAAGCGAACCUUCAUUAUUGAUGAGCUGCGCCUCCCCCUCCUCUCCUUCCCACCUCCUCCCUCUCAGAAAAAUUGUCUUUCAUGAAACUAGUCCCUUGUGCCAAAAAGGCUGGGGACCGCUGACCUAAAUGAUGAGUGAAAGGUAACUAGUGCAAGGAAGCAGAGGGAGGAAAAAAAACCUCAGUUAAUAUCUCAAAAUACUAGAUGGGAAAUCUGUGGGCAAAUUAUAGUUGACUAAUAUAAAAAAAUGAUACAUACUUUUGAGAUACUACGGAAAUCACCAGAUCAUGCACAUUAGAGCCAGUCAAGUCCGCCAUCAUGAACACUUUCAUGGCUAGCAUAAAAUGAUCUACAUGUUCUCUGUUAGGCCAUGUCUCUUACAGUCACGUGAUUAAUCAUGCUAUUUUCUACUCAAUUCUCAAAAUAACGGUUUAAGGUAAAUAUUAGCAUCCCUCAUUUACAGAGGGAGAUACUGAGGCUUCACAAGUUAAGUAACUUGCCUAAGAUCUCAUCACACAGGUUAUCAGAGGUAGAACUGAAAUUCAAAGCCCUAAAUUAGCUACAUGGUACUAUAAGAAAAUUAUUCCAAAGGUAAGCAUCAUUUUUACUAUAAAUAAUAAUUAUACAUUUAUCAUUUUGAUAGAUUACAAGGCAUACAAUAAAUUUAAUCAAAGUGAAAUUUUAUUAUUAAAAAUAAACAGCACUCAAAUGCAUAGGUAACACUACAUGAGGGUCAGUGUCAGUAAAAUAUUUUGGCUAAGGAAAAUGGAAUCUUGUUUAUAAAAAUCGCUUUGGCCUUUUAAAGUUCAUAUAGGAGAUUUCACCUAAAACUCCAAGUUUCUAUGUUAUCUUACAUUGAAUAUGGAAUUCACUGUUAAUCCAUAGAGGUAUAAGGGCUAUAUUAAUAAUACUAUAACAAUUUGGAACUCUUUGGGGGAGGGCAGUCAGUGAUUCAGAAGAACACAUGGUUUUGAUUUUUAGUUGCUUAUAGUUUAGUUUCUCAUAUUUUCAAUGUUUGUAAAUAUUUUAUUUUUCAUUAACUAAACUAGUGCUUACUAAAGCUAAUGAUCAGAAGCUAAAAGUUAUGUGCCUGUCAAAAACAGUGUAUGUUAUAUGAAUUUAUAAUGUAUUUCUAGGGGAAGCAUUUUUUUCUCUGCUAAUAAAUUUGCCAAUAUAAGGAAUGGGUCUUCUAUAUCACAUUAGAUACCCUAUAACACUUUCUCUUGAAUGUUACUGAACUAUAACCAAAACCAAGAAAAAUAAAUUGAAACAGAUACUAAAAGCGAAAUA